UGGUGCACUGCAAAAGAGAAGAAAAGGCAUUGCAUAAGCCAUAAGCAAUAAGCAACGCAAAAAAACGCUUCGUUCCUCCAAAUCUUUUCCUAUUUAUUGCCUUCUCCGGCGGAGAAGAGAGAGAAAAAAAUAUCACCCUAAAAAAAGGUAAAUAAAUAUCCUCAUCAUCUUCUUCAUUCUCUUUUAGGGUUUUCUCUUCCGCCAUUGAAGACUUUAUCAAAAUCACUUCACAUUUUUUCUCUGCAAGCAUUGCUCUCCGAUCAUCACCAUUCACCAAUUCGAUUCCAAUUCCCUCAAUUCUCCGCUCUUUUUCAGCGUUCUCGCGGAAUCCUUUCCUCCGCAAUCCGAGAUACUGUUUUUCCUUCUCAAUGGUGUGUUCAUCUGGAAAUGGGAGAAUGAAGGUCAUUGCAAGGCUUUUAGCCGCUGGAAGUUUCUCUCAAACUGUUCCAGAUGACUUUGCCAGACAGAAGUCAGCAGCUGAGUAUAUUCAUAGACAACUACGUGACGCAGAUGAAGCAAAUUUGCUCAGUGAAGAAGAUAUGCAUAUCUAUGGUGAGAGACCCAUGACUGAUCCCUUGCAGCUGGUAUGCUGCAAAAAUUGCAAGAGACCAGUCACGGACAGCCAAUUUGCCGCUCAUGCAGAACUUUGUAGAUCAUUAAAGCUCACUGAACAAACUUGCUUGAAGCUUGAUGGCAACACAGGGAAUAGGAAACCUCCAAGGAAACAAAGGAAAAAGUUAUCAAAUUCUUGUGCAAUUGUUGAGCAGCGAAGGUCCGAGUCUUUGGAUAAUAUUGACACUUCUGGGUCACAAUCCCAUUUGAAUGGUCGAAUUAGAGUGGCUCCAUCUUCCAAUAAGGUUAAAGCUACCGCAGUUGUGGAGCCGAGAAGGUCUGACUCUGUGAAUAAUAUUGACACUGCUGUGGCACAACCCCAUUUGAACAGUCGAAUCAGAGUUGCUCCCUUUUCCAGUAAGGUUAAAGAUGCGGCAUCUAUGUUGGAUGAUGCUGGAAUUAAUGGUGGAAACAGAGUUCUCCAAACUUCAUUAACACAUCCUCCAGCAAAACGUCAUAAAUCGAUAGCAAGUACACAUCUUGAUGUACCAGAAAGGCAUGGAACAGAGUCUGCAGUGACAAAAACUGUGAAGUUAACAAAUGGAAUUACUCGGAAGGAUUUGGUUGAAAAGACUGUUCCAGAACAUAGAGAUGUGGUCCAUAAAAAUGUUGGGCAGGUCCAUAUGAAGCAGCAGCACGUGAUGAAAAAUGAUUUUCCUGCACCUCUUGCCACAAAGAUAUAUUAUUCACAAAGGACCAACCGAUUGCGUGCUGCUAUUCGUCACAUGUACUUUGAGAACUUGAAUGAGGAAUUAUGUACUGAUGUUGCGGGUCAAAAGACAUCACCUGGAGAGAUUGUUGCAUUGCAAGAUUCAUCUCUGGGGGACCCUUCAUUUCAACAAAUGAACAAUGUCCUCAACAAGGAGAGCCACUCGGCAAUGUUGUACUCUACCCAAAAAUCUGACCAUGUUCCUGCAAAAAGCUCAGAAGUUUGCUUGCUUAAAGCUGGAGGUGUGCCUAGUGUUGGCUUGUCAGAUCAGUUUGUUCUUGACAAUGUUUCAAGGUCUGCUGCUACUAAUGUUGGUUUAACAAGAGGCAAUUUUCUUCCAAAGGCUUAUUCUUUUGCAAGCAACACAGGAAAUCCCCUAGGAACCAUGCAACAAACAAAAGGCAGUGUUCCUGUUAUUUAGUACCCUUGGUGGGAAGUUUUUGGUAAGGUGAAAGUACAGGUAUCCAGUACAUUGAGGUAGGGUUUAGUCCAUUUUUUGAAGCCGAUAAAGGAAAUUACUCAAAUUGUUUAUCCUGACAUACACUUUGUAAAUGAAAACUUUUAUAUAGUUGAUGGAAAUGAAGAAAAUUUUCAUUCUAUGUCCA